AUGACUUCCUCUGGUUAUGACCCUCUUAUUUACAAAUUUUUUUUUUUAUUUUCAAAAAAUGUUGUUCGUCUUUACACAAGAUCAAAACUUAAAUCUUCAUUUAGUGUUUCACAAAAACAGAAGAAAACAGUACAAUUUUUUUCUACUCAAACAAAUGAAAAAGUUGAUGAAAAUAUUGUGCCUAUAGAAAACAUAAGAAAUUUUUGUAUAAUUGCUCAUGUUGAUCAUGGGAAAAGUACAUUAGCCGAUAGGUUUUUAGAAAUUACUGGAACUAUUGACAAAAGUGCAAAAAACCAACAAGUUUUAGAUAGGUUACAGGUUGAAAAAGAAAGAGGAAUCACAGUAAAAGCAGUAUCUGCAUCAUUAUCAUAUUCUUACAAUAAUAUAGACUAUCAAUUGAAUUUAAUAGAUACACCAGGGCAUGUGGAUUUUUCAAAUGAAGUUAAUCGUUCUCUUUUCGCUUGUCAAGGUGUUAUCUUACUAGUCGAUGCCAAUCAGGGUGUUCAAGCACAAACGAUAGCAAAUUUUUAUUUAGCUUUUAUGAAGGAAUUAACCAUAAUACCAGUUUUAAAUAAAAUAGAUUUACCUAAGGCCGACCCUGAAAGCGUUUCGCGAGAUUUGGAAACACUUUUUGGAUUUGAUAAAUCAUCCAUAUUGAAAAUAUCUGCCAAAACUGGAUUAGGAGUUGAAGAUUUAUUAAAAACGGUAAUAGAAAAAGUUCCACAUCCUAAUGUUUCUAGAAAUCCUCCAUUUAAAGCUCUUCUCAUUGACUCUUGGUUCGAUCAUUAUCGAGGUUCAAUUUUAUUUAUUUACGUUGAAAACGGUCAAGUUAAAAUCGGUGACGAAAUUAAAAGUUGUAGAGAAAACAAAGUUUACACGGUUAAAUCUACAAGCAAACUCACGCCGGAAGAAAAACCAGUAUCCGUUCUUCAAGCUGGUCAAGUAGGUGUUAUAGGUUGCAAUAUGAAAACGAUAAAAUCAGCCUUAGUGGGAGAUACGAUAUGUUCAGCCGAUGCAACCGUCGAACCUUUGCAAACCUUUAAUUCACCACAACCGAUAGUUUUUGCCGGAUUAUUUGCCAAAGAUCAAUCGCAAUACAGUAAUUUAAAAUCUGCAUUGGAAAAACUUUGUUUAAAUGAUCCUUCCGUUUUCGUCACGGAUGAAACGUCACCGGCUUUGGGCUUGGGUUGGAGAUUAGGAUUUUUAGGUUUGCUUCAUUUGGAUGUUUUCCGACAGAGAUUGGAACAAGAAUUCGAUGCGGAUGUGGUAUUGACAAAUCCUAGCGUCACUUAUAAAUUAAAGAUUAAUAAAAAAUACGUUAAAAAAUAUCAGGGAGAAUUUGUAGAAAUAAGAAAUCCGCUUCAUUAUCCGAGCGACUCGUACGAAUCGAAGAGCUUACGAACCGAUUGUAUUAGCGACCAUAAUCACUCCGAAGAAUGCAUUUCGCGAAGAGGUAGAGAGGAAAGCGUGACUUCUUUGGACGGUAAUAGAAUAAUGAUAAAAUAUAAAAUUCCACUAAGCGAAAUAAUGUUAGAUUUUCACGACAAGUUAAAAAGUUUAACGUCGGGUUACGCGAGUUACGAAUACGAAAAUUGCGGUUUCGAAAAAGCAUCGUUAAAAAAAAUAAGGAUUUUGCUAAACGGUAAAGAAGUAGAAGAAUUAACGAUAUUGUCACACGAGGAAAAAGUACGUGAAACCGCUUUGAACAUGGUUAAAAAAUUACAAGAAUUAAUACCGAGACAAUCCGUUGAAAUUGCCAUUCAGGCUGCCAUAGGGAGUACAAUCGUCGCUAGGAAAACUCUUAAAGCUUAUAAAAAGGACGUCACGGCUAAAUUAUACGGUGGUGACGUCACAAGAAAAAUGAAAUUAUUAAAAUAUCAAAGCGAGGGGAAAAAAAGAAUGAGAAUGUUUGCUAAUAUUCAAAUAGAAAAAGAUACUUUUAUCGAACUUGUUUUAUCAUGCCUCGUAUCCGAAAAUAAUUUUUAUCUCAUCAUCUUUUUUAUGAUAAUCUUUUUAAUAUCCUCUUCCAUGGAUUUCAACAUCCGUAAGUUAUAA